CUGGGUGCUUUCCCACCCGGAGGUGAAACCUCGCACCGUCUCCUGUGACUGUGAGAGGAAGGUGACUGUCUACAUGGCGGUUUAGCCGCUAUGAUCCCUUGCAGAGUGUCCGGGCUGCUGCGCCGCCUCCGCGCCCAGGCCCAGUUGUUGGCCGGCAGAGGCUGCAGGAAAUGCUCGUCCGCCCGGCAGCAGGAGCAGGAGGAGGGAGAGUCCGAGACUCAGGAUCUGUACGAUGUGGUGAUCUCGGGCGGCGGGAUGGUGGGCACGGCCAUGGCCUGUUCUCUCGCCAAUGAUCCAAAUCUCUCUGGGAAAAGGAUUCUUCUGCUGGAGGCCGGAAAUAAAAAAUCAGACGGCAAGCUGCCAGACCUGCACAGUAACCGAGUGAGCGCCCUUACUCCAGGAUCUGCCGCUUUCUUAGACUGUUUUGGAGCUUGGGAUGAUAUUUGCAACAUGAGAUGCAAGCCGUUCAAGAGGAUGCAGGUUUGGGAUGAAUGCUCGGAUGCAAUGAUCACCUUCGAUAAAGCUGACCUGUUGGAGGACAUGGGCUUCGUCGUUGAGAACGAUGUGGUGUUGAUGGCUUUAUCAAAGCAGCUAGCGGCUGCCGCUGACAGGGUUGACGUGAUGUACAGGAGCAGAGUGGUGAAGUACACCUGGCCUGACCCCUACCAAGUGCCUGACACCAAACCAUGGGUGCAGGUUGAUUUGGCGGAUGGGAGUAAAGUGGAGACCAAGUUACUGAUUGGAGCAGACGGCCCCAACUCAAAGGUACGGCAGUCUGCCAGCAUUCAGUCCGUGCAGUGGAAGUACGAUCAGUCAGCUGUUGUCGCCACCCUCCAUCUUGCCGAGCCCACGGACAACAAUGUGGCUUGGCAGCGGUUCCUGGUGACCGGACCAAUUGCAAUGCUGCCGCUCUCCGAUAAUCUCAGCUCCUUGGUGUGGUCGACCUCCCACCAGCACGCGUCUGACUUGCUCAGUGUGGAUGAGGAGACGUUUGUGGAUGCUGUCAAUUCCGCUUUUUGGAGUAAUGAGAACCAUUCUGAAUUUGUUGGCGCUGCCAACUCCAUGUUCAAGACCGCAUUUUCGUUCCUGAUGCCGUCGGGCAUGUCGGCACGCCAGCUGCCCCCGAGCGUGGCCCGCAUCGACCCACAGAGUAGGGCCAUGUUCCCCCUCGGGCUGGGCCACGCCACCAAGUAUGUCAGGCCACGGGUUGCCCUCAUCGGUGAUGCUGCCCACAGAGUUCACCCUUUGGCAGGCCAGGGAGUCAACCUGGGCUUCGGAGAUGUGGCCUGCCUCUCGCAGCAGCUCAGCGAGGCCGCCUUCAAUGGCAAAGACCUAGGGUCCAUCGAUCAUCUGAAUGCGUUUGAAACAGAGCGUCAGAGGCACAAUGUUCCAAUCAUGGCUGCUAUAGACCUGCUGAAGAGGCUGUAUUCGACCAAAAGUACGCCAGUGGUCUUCCUGAGGAGCCUGGGCCUACAGGCAACAAAUGUCCUUGCACCCGUUAAGGAACAGAUCAUGGCAUUCGUUAGUAAAUGAACUGCAUCCUGCCACUUUUCAGACUUCCUGAAGCCGAGAGUGCUGGCUGCAAAAAAGCUUAUACGUUCCUGCUGUAGGACUGAAUUAUAUUUUGUAAUUUAUUCAUUUUGACUGGAAUACAUGUCAAACAUUAAACUGGUUUGAAUGAU